GCCAAAACAGAAAGUCAAAGGAGAGCUGCUGAAUAACCUCGUUAUCAUUUGUGUUCUUUCAUUCAAAAUGGCGGACUCAGAUGAAGUAUGGCCGCCAAAAGCUCGUGGAUAUAGGCCAAGGUGUUUCUUUGAUAUGCAAAUAAACAACGUUCCAGCUGGAAGAAUAAUUUUUGAGCUGUUUGCUGAUAUAUGUCCAAAAACUGCUGAAAAUUUCAGGGCAUUGUGUACAGGUGAAAAAGGAGAAGGAAAAACUACGCAAAAGCCUUUGCAUUACAAAGGAACUAUUUUCCAUAGAGUUGUGAGAGAUUUUAUGAUACAAGGAGGUGAUUUUAGUGCAGGAAAUGGAACUGGUGGUGAAUCUGUAUAUGGCGGAACAUUUAAAGAUGAAGCUUUUGAAGUUAAACAUGGUCGUCCAUACCUAUUAUCCAUGGCCAACCGAGGACCAAAUACAAAUGGGUCACAGUUCUUUAUAACUGUGAAGCCUGCUCAUCACUUAGACAACAUCCAUGUUGUGUUUGGUCAUGCCAUAACUGGUUUUGAAUUAAUUCGUGAAAUAGAAAGUCAGAAAACAGAUUCAUCUCACAAGCCAUAUGCAGAUGUUCGAGUUACAAAUUGUGGAGAACUUAUCAAAAAAUCAAAAGCAAAUAAACAAAUAGAUAAAGUCACGAAAAAGGAACAACGAAGAAGGUCUAUUUCCUCUUCGGAAUCUUCUUUAUCAUCACCUGAAAGUGAGGCUGGGUCUUCAUCAAGAUCAUCAUCAGAAAGUGAAGAGGAUAAAAAAGAACGCCACAAACGAAGAAAAGCCAAGAAAAAGAAGAAGAAGAAAAAGACGGCUUCGAUUAAAAGUUCUCGAAAGGGCAAGGAUAAAUCUGAGAAAGCGGCAAAUGGCGGUGAGGCAGAUGAAGAAGCUGGAGAGGCAAUACCCUCGGUGCCCGUUAGCAAUUUUCUUUAUCGAAGGAGUAGAACUCCAUCCCCUGUUAGAAAGGAAAGAGAAAAAAACAGAGAAUCACCUAAAGGUUUCAAGAGAACGGUUGACGAGAAAGCCUCUACUGUCAAUCGGAAACCCAAUUCAACAUCAAAAUCCGGUAGAAAACUUCGUGGCAGAGGAGCAAUGAGAUACCGGACUCCAUCUCUGAGCCCAGAACCAUUCAGGAUGCAACGUUCUAAUCCUUCAUCUUCCCCCAGACGAAUUAGACGUGCGGCAAGAAGAUCACGGUCACGCGGAAGCCGAUCUCCACAAAGAAAAAGGACACGGUCAAGGUCAAGGCAACGUCGUUUGACAAGAAGAUCAGGCAGGCAGAGAUCAAGAUCCACUUCACGUCGACGCAGGCGACGGUCCUCAAGUCCACUCAGAUCUAUCAGCAGAAGACACAGGUCAAGAUCCUUGGGUCAGAGGUCCAGAUCACGUAGUAAGAGGUCAAGAACACGUAGUCAGAGGUCAAUAUCACGCAAUCAGAAGUCAAGAUCACGUAGUCAGAGGUCAAGAUCACGUGGUCAGAAGUCAAGAUCACGGAGUCAGGGGUCAAGAUCACGGAGUCAGAGGUCAAGAUCACGUGGUCAGAAGUCAAGAUCACGUAGUCAGAGGUCCAGAUCACGGAGUCAAAAGUCAAGAUCACGUGGUCAGAGGUCAAGAUCAAGAUCGCAGAAGCGUGGUGAAAGGUCCAACUCUCAAGGCAACAAUCGGGAUAGUAGAAAUGGAUCAGUUUCAGUAGAAGUAGGUCACGAUUCACGCUCUAAUCGCAAGUCAGAGUCUCCUUCAGAUCAGGAUGAUUCAGAAUCAAAAGGUAGAUGAAACAAAAGGCAUGCAAAAUAAACGGCAAACAUGGUUUUUUCUUCAUCCAGCAAGGCAUUCAAAGUCAGACAGCGAAGGACAUAAGUUCAAACAAUCUGAACGUUUUAACCGAGAGAGGUCACAUCGUGAAUGUAAAUACAAAGUAAGAUUAUUUCUUUCAGCGACAAAGAAAGUACUGUAACAUGAAGAUAGCAAUACUGGCUUGAAGGAAUUUUUACUCAUUCUUUGAAGUUGGUUGCAUGAAAAAUCUAUGACAAAGACUGUAAUAGCAAUUUUGUCGAUAAAUACAUUGGAGGAUGUGAUGGAAGAGACAACUUGGCAGAGUUUUUGGUCUUAGUUCCUUUAGAUUCCAUGGCUUAGAUUUUUAAUUUGGCAAUAUUAACUCUAAUGCUUCGGCUUCUUGAUUUUACAGGAAAGCGUCCUUUUUUUAAAGUGAAUAACAUUCGGACUUCAAGCAUUAUGACAACAGAAUAAAAGCAAAGAAAUGUUUAAUUCUCUCUAUUUUACUUUUUUAAUUAUUUUUUUUGUCAUUUACUGGUACAUCUCAACGUAGGCGGGUUUUAGAUAAUUUUGAAAGUACUUUUAAUUCCAAUCUUAAUUCAUAUUCAUCAUU